CAGCCCUCAAGUUCAAAGCAAAACAAAGCACAAGAAGCAAGAAUCAAGCCACGCCUCUCACGCUAAUCCCCUGCUUUUAACUGCCAUUGACACACAGCCCUCGCUCUCACUGGAGCCUCUCACACUCUGCACCUCUCCUGUCAGGUCGAACCCGCUGUGCGCCGGGCUAAGAAGAGCUCCUCCUCCUGCUCCAUGGACUACAGGUACUACUGCAUGACCCUGAGGAUGAGCAUCGACUGCAACGGGUGCUACCAGAGGAUCCGAAGGGCGCUCCUCCAGAUCCGAGAGCUGGAGAGCCACCUGAUCGACAAGAAGCACGGCCGGGUGAUGGUGUGCGGCGCCUUCAGCCCGCAGGACGUGGCCAUCAAGAUCAGGAAGCGGACCAACCGCCGCGUCGAGAUCCUCGACGUCAGCGAGGCCGCGCCGGCCGCCCAGGACGGCGGCCCCGGCCACAUGCCCUGAAAGAAACAGGGCGCCGUCUCUUACCCGCACCAGCGCCACCAUUGAUUGGUGCUCAUCAUACUACUCGUGACUUCAGUUCCGGUAGAGUGCAGCUGAGCUUGAAACCUUUGGAGCGAGACCUUCUCGCAGCACCAGAAGAUGUGUGUACUAUGCAUCAUUUUGUUCUGUAAGGCUUGAUGACGUAGCCAGAAAAUUUCAGUAUUUCAUUUCAGUCACAACUUAAAGUUGCCAUACCAGCACUAUUUCCAGAAUGGUUGUCGAUGACCACACUAAAACUCCACCAUAAAUCAGGAGUUUACAGACCAUAUGUAAGACUCUUACCAGAGAGGCUAUGCUCUUCCCCGUCAGCAUUUUCUUUAACCUUUGCUGGAAACAAUAAAGAUAUGCUUUAUCCAA